AUGGAUCUCUCGGGAAUGAAUAGACUAUUUGAAGUUCUCGAUAAAAUCAAAAAUAAAGUAGAAAAGGAGGAAAGGCCACCCAACCCAAAGGAAGCGUUGGAAAGAGAGCUUCACAAGUUAUAUCUAUGCAUAUCCUUAGAAAUAUGCAAGCAAAAGCUUCAAGGAUCUGUUGGUAAGGAAGUUCUUGACAAGGUGAAGGAAAUUAAACAAUAUUUCAAGCACAUAGAGAACAUCCGGGGUAAAGAUCGAAAUGAUCCUGUACAAAAAUAA